AUGACGGCAGCAGCAGCAGCAGCAGAUAGCGCUGCAGAGCCGCCGCCUGCUCAUGUAAGCACACUGGACGACCCACCGGCAGCAGCAGCAACUGCAGCAACUGCAGCAGCAGCAUCUGCUGCUGCUGCAAACUCAUCACCGGGAGGUAUAGAUGCGGCUGCUGCGGCUCUAGAUCCGCCUGCUGCUGCUGCUGGGGCCCUCGAUGGCCCGGCAGCAGCUGCGGCGCCGGCACCUGCAGCAGCAGCAGCAGCAGCAGAAAGAACAGCAAUAGCAGCAGCAGCAGCAGCAGCAGCUCAAUUUCCGUGGAACGAACUGCGUGAGGCCGCGCUAGAGGCUUGCUGCGCUGUGGAGAAGGAGCUGACGGCGCUGCUGCAGGACAGCAAGAAGAAGUACAGCAGCAGCAGCAGCAGCAGCAGGUUGCAUGACUCCUGUGUUGCUGCUAUUGCGCUGCUGCAGCAGCACAUGGACAGGCUGAGCGAAGGCCUGCCGGUCUUGGCUGCAGCAGCGCAGCGGUCUGCAGCAGCAGCUUCGCAGGAGCCAGCAGCAGCAGCAGCAGCAGCGCUGCAGCAGCAGCAAGCAGCAGCAGAAGCAGCAGCAAGCCUCCUGGCUGCCUUCCCCGUCAGAGAAAUGGUGCUUGUUGCAAGAGAUGCAGCAAGAACUGAGAGUAUGAAGUUGCUGCUGGGAGCAGCAAACCUGCUGCGGUGUCUGCUGCUGCACCUGCAGCGGCGGCUGCUGAUGACGCCCCACCCGCAGCAGCAGCAGCAGCAGCAGCAGCAGGCGCCGUCGACGCUGCAGCAGUCCCCUCUGCAUGAGGAGCCUGCUGCAGACGCAGAUGCUGCUGCUGCUGCCACGGAAGCAGCAGCUUCGGACGUGCUGCUGCUCGUGUCGGUGCUGGAGGACUUGCUGCAGCAAGCGCAGCAGCAGCAGCCGCAGCAGCAGCAGCAGCUGAGGAUCCGCGUGCUGCAGGUGGCGCUGCUGGUGGCAGCACCUGAAGCACGGGUUGCUGCUGAUGCUGCUGUUGUGCAUCGGCUGGCCCGUUUGUUUGUUUGGCUGAUUAAAGCAGCAACAGCUCCUGCUGCUGCUGCUGCGCCUGCUGCAGCUGCUGCUUCCGCUGCUGCUGGCCACUCCAAAGCAGCAGCAGCAGCAGCAGCAGCAGCCACAAAUACUCCCCUCUUCCACGGCGCCUGCGCAGGCCUAGAGCAGCUCAUCAGCUGCCUUGUGGGGGGCGCGUUUCUUGAGCAGCAGCAGCAGCAGCAGCAACCGCAGCAGCAGCAGCAGCAGCAGGGUGAGAAUGGCUUGCACUCAGUUGAGUUCCUUCCAAGCAGCAGCAGCACCAGCAGCAACGCGCUAGAAGCCACCGUGAGCUUUGAGCAGCGGCAGCAACAGCAGCAGCAGCAGCAACAGCAGCAACAGCAGCAGCAGCAGCAACAGCAGCAACAGCAGCAGCAGCAGCCGGGCCGCGCAGGGAGGGCUCUGCUGCACCUUCUUGAGGAUUUGACUCAGGUGCUGAUGCAAUCUUGCAAGGCGGAUGCAGCAAACAGCAGCAGCAGCAGCAGCAGCAGCAGCAGGAGCAGCAGACUUGUUCCUGCAGCAGCGUGGCUGGGGGACUUGUCUUUGUCUCCUUCUGUUUGUCUCCAUUUGUGGAGCCGCGUUUUGCUGCAGCAUCCUUCGUUGCCGCUGCUGCUGCCUGGUUUGCUGCAGCUGCUGCAGCAGCAGCUGUGCCCCACGCUGCAGCAGCAGCUGCUGCAGCAGCAGCAGGAGAAGCCCGUGCUGCUGCGCGCAGUGAGGCUCGUGGUACAGCUGGUUUACAUGUACUUCCCGCUGCUGCAGCAGCAGGCUGUGUCGCUGCUGCUGCUGCUGCAGCGGCUAGCUGACGUAGCAGCAGAUUGGGUCAGGGCAGUAGCCCUUGAGGCGCUGGCAGUUUGCUGCAGCGACAAGGUGCUGCUGCUGCAGCUAGACGCGCCUGACAGCUCUGCUGCACCAGCAGCAGCAGCAGCAGCAGCAGCAGCAGCAGCAGCAGACUCACCAGCAGCAGCAGCAGCCGCACCUCGGCCUCCCCAGCGCCGCCUGCUGGCCCAAAUCCUCGAGACCUUCAGCCGCACAGUUCAUCAGAUUUGCUUCGCGUCUGCUGCAGAGCAGCAGCAGUUGCUGCUGCUGCUGCACAGAGACGCCCUCCAGCUUUGCCCCGAUGCUGCUGCUGCUGCAGCAGCAGCAAAACAACAAGGCUCAGGUGUCCACACAGCGAUGGGUGCAAUCCGAGAUGCUGCUGCUGCAGCAAGGAGAGCUUCAGCAGGCUUCUGGCUUGCGCUGCCUCCCUCCGGCAGCAGCAGCAGCAGCGACACCAGCAGCAGCAGCAGCAGCAUCAGCAGCAGCAAGAUGCGGCCUGUGGCGCUGCCUCACGAUGCUGCUUUUCUCCUGAGCAACAGCAGCAGCACCAACAGCAGCCGAAGCAGCAGCCCGCGUAGAAGCGCUGCGGGCCCCUCAGCAGCAGCAGCAGCAGCAGCAGCAGCAGCAGCGGGAGCAGCUGCUGCAACGCAGUCUCCCGCAGCAGCACGGCACGGCUCUUUCAGCUCCAUUGGGUUUGGCUCUCGGGAGCUGCAGCGAGCGAAAAGCAGCAGCAGCAACAGCAGCAAGACUUCAGCUGCUGAGCCUGCUGCUGCUGCUGCUGCUGCUGCUGCUGCUGGGGGCGCCGUGUGGAACACAGCGCCGCGGCUGCUGGAGUGCUGCGCUGCACUGGGUUCCCCAGAAGACGAAGCAGCAGCAGCAGCAGCUGCUGCUGCUGCUGUGUCUCGCUCGCGGCUGCUGCAUGUGUCUCUGUCGGGGCUGCUGCUCUCUGUGGAGGCGCUGCUUGCUGCAACCUUGGAAGCUGCUGCUGCUGCGCCUCCUGCUGCAGCAGUUGCUGCGGUUGCUGCUGCUGGAGCGGACUCGGAGCUGCAGCAAAGGCGGCUGCUGCAGCAGCCACUGGACCUGCCUUUCACGCAGCACCAAGCUUGCUGCUGCGCUGCUGCUGCAGCCUGCUGGAGCCCUCUUGUGUCUGCUUUGGGACUGCUGCUGACAGCUCAUGUGUCUCUCACUUUGCAGGCAGCAACGAGCAGCAGCAAUAGCAGCAGCAGCAGCAGCAAGAGGGACGCUGCGUCGGCGUGGCAGCGGCAAGUGGCUGCUGCUGCAGCAACAAGCACCCUGCUUAACUGCUGCUACCAGCUGCUGCUCGUCUGCUGCCUCCUCCGUAUUGCUGCUGCAUGCACUGCAGUGCUGCAUGCAGUGGCUCGCUUUUGUUUGUAUGCUGCAAUGGGCAGCGCUGCUGCUCCUGCUGCUGCAUCGGACAGCAGCCCCCACAUGCAGCGCAGCAGCAGCAGCAACAGCAGCAGCAACAGCAGCAGCACCUCAGCAGCAGCAGCCGUUGUUGCUGCUGCUGGGGGCGCUGCUGCCUCUCUAGGCCUAAGUGGCUCCGAAGCCUUGACGUGGCUGUUUGGCAGGCGCAGCGACAGCAAAAACGGCAGCAGCAGCUCCGGCAGCAGCAGCGGCAGCAAGGUGCUGCCGCAGCAGCAGCAGCAGGUGUCGCAGCUUGCUGCUGCUGCUCGUGUCUUCCUGUUUGCCGUCGUCUCCAAUCUAGGCAGUCUGCUGUCUCCUUCUUGUUGGCUGCUGUGCCUCAGAGCCCUUGAGGAGCUGCCGCCAGAGCUUGCCGAGCAGCAGCAGCAGCAGCAGCAGCAGCAGCAGCAGCGGCAACAAGUAGGGCCGCUGCUUUCCAGCAGUUUUAGCUUGCCUUCCGCCUUUAAAGAUCCAGCAGAAGCAGCAGAGCGUGAGGCCGACGAGGCGACAGCAGCAGCAGCAGCUUACUGGAGGGGCUUGGGGCUUAGCGAGCAGGCAGCAGGAGCAGCAGCAGCUGCUGCUGCUGCUGCUGCUGUAUCCGCUGCUUCCUCAGCCUGCCCCCCGGCUCUUCAAGGCGUAGCCGCCCUUGACAGCAGCAGCUUCAGCAGCGCGCAGCAGCAGCCAGCAUCCCCUUCUUCCUCUUCCUUACCUGCUGCUGCUGCUGCUGCUGCUGCUGGUAUGGGCGAACUUGCUGCUUUUGGUUUGGUGUCGAGACACCUGAGCACAGAAGGCCUGCGCUGCGCGCUGCAGGCGCAUGCAAAGCACACGCUGCUGCUGCUGCUGAAGGCGUACUCCUCCGUUCCAGGUGCAGCAGCAGCAGCAGCAGACACGCCAGCAGGCUUCGGCCUGCUGCAGCAGCAGCAGGAGCAGCAGGACACCGCAGACCGCUGCUGCUGCAGCAAAGGAGGGCCUUGCCAGAUAUCUGGGUGUGCAGCAGCAAUUUCUGCAAGUGCAGCAGCAACAGCAGCAGCAGCAACAGGCAGCGCAGCAACAGCAACCUGGCAGGGCUGCAGCAGCAAUUCGCUGGAGCCCUUCAUUGGCCCCAGGGCGGAAAGGCUCAGCAGCAGAAGCAGCAGCAGCUGCUGCGCCAGCGAAGCGCUGCUGCUGCCGCCGUGCUGGCGGCGGCUGCUGCUGCUGCUGCUCUACAACAUCGACCGCGUGCUGCUGCUGUUUGACGGCUCCCCCGCAGCAGCAGCAGCAACAGCAGCAGCAGCAGCAGAUGAGGAGGAAAGUGCUGCCCUCACUUUUGCUGCUCUUGCUGACGCGCCGCAGCUAAGCCCAGCAGCAAGAGCAGACACUGUGAGGUGUCUGUGUCUCAGUUUGCAGGUGCUGCUGCCUGAAAUGGGUGCUUGCUGCUCAGCAGCAGCAGCAGCUGCUGCUGCUGCUUGUCCGGAAGAGAGCGCCGCCGCUGCUGCAGCAGCAGCAGCAGCAGAGUCCGAGCUGCAGUGCGUCGCGCUGCAGUGCCUCUGCAGCUUGCUGGCCUCAGCAAAUGGCGUGUCUCGUUUUGCUGCUCUUCGCGCGCUGCAGCAGCUGCUGCAGACACAGGGGCAGCUGCUGCGGCCUAAGGCGUGGCUGCUGGUUCUUGCUGCAGUAGGCGCCUGGGCCUCGCUGCAGGUGCCGCGCGAGCUGCAUGCGGUUGUUGCUGCAGUUGCUGCUGCCAGAAGCACGAACUGCUGCAGCAGCAGCAGCAGCAGCAAGCAGCUAAUCCAGACCCCAGGCUGCAGCGCAGAGCGCAGGGAACUUCUCGCCCUGGCGGAGCUCAUAGUGCAUGACUACGGAGAGGAAAUCCCGAUGCAUCGACUGACGCAUGUCUUGGCAGCAGCUGUGGCGGCGCUGGCGAGCUCCGAGGAGAGCAGCAGCAGCAGCAGCAGCAGCAGCGACGCAGGAGCAGCAGCAGCAGCUGGAACGGCAGAUCUGUCGGCGGGCUUUGCUUCUUGCUUCGCAUACAGAUGCAUUGGCCUUCUUUGGUCCCUCACGGACUUCUUAGGAAAGUCUCGCCGAAAGAAAAAUGCUGCUGCUGCUGCUGCUGCAGCAGAAGACAAGGCCGAAGCCGGGGCAGCGCCGGCUGCUGCAGCAAACGAAGCAGCAGCAGGCCCACGAGCAGCAGCACAAGCAGCAGACGAUGCAGCAGACACGGCUUUCUGCGGCCUGCAGCUGGCAUCCCACCUGCGCGCUUUCGAGCCUCUGUGGCUGACGCAAGAGCAGCAGCAGCAGCAGCAGCAGCAGCAGCAGCAGCAGGCAGUGGAGGAGCUGCUAACUUCCCAGACAUUCUUACACUUAAGUCAACUGGCCACAGACAAAAGGCCAGAGCUGCGGCACUGCUCUUUGCGCAGUCUAAUUGCCGCGCUGCGCUCCUGCCCCUUGUCGCUGCAGCAAGCGCAUGCACUGAGGUGCGUUUCCCGCAUCCUGACCACGACCUUGUUGGAUGUUUGCGGCGCUUAUAUUAAGCUGGCGUUGCGGCGAGGCGAGAGCAGCAGCAGCAGCAGCAACAACAGCAGCAGGAGCACCAGCAGCAGCAGCAACAGCAGCGACACGGAGGCGAAACAGUGGGCAGAGACACUUGUGAUUGCUGUGGAUGGGGUGCGUGUGCUUCUGCUGCACUACGCUGGCGCAUUGCAGCAGCAGCAGCAGCAGCAGGAGCAGCAGCAGCAGCAAGAGCUGCAGCAGCAACAAGCGCAGCAGCUCAAUGAGCAGCGCGAAAUCGUAGACGUCAUAGUUGAGUCUGCUGCUGCGCUGCUGCUCUCGAUCCAAGCAGCAACACAAACAGCAAAUUCGCCUCCCCCCGAGCUGCUGCUGGCAGCAAAUCGAGCUCUUGAAGACACUCUGACCCUCAGCGUAUCAUUUGCGCCUGUCCCACUGGAGACUCUGCACCAACUAUACCGUCGCUCUUCGUUUGCUGCUGUCGAGGACCUCGCGGACAGCAGCAGCAGCAGCAGCAGCAGCAGCAGCAGCAGCAGCAUCAACGGCAGUGAAACGGAAGGAACAACGACAUUGUGGAUGAUGGGUUGGGCAGUGUACUGGCAGCUCGCGAGGAACCUGCUGCCGCCAUUAAGUGCACUGCAGCAAGCAAGCACCCCCGAGCAGCAGCAGCAGCAGCAGCUGCUGCUGCUGCUGCAGCGGAGCUCACUCGGGGCCCAAGAGGCAGAGGCCGUCAUGUCUUCUCUUUUGGAGCUGCUGGAGUUCGCUUCUGCACGACGCGCAGCAGCGGCAGCAGCAGCAGCAGCAGCAGCCCCUGCAGCAGCUGCUGCUGCAGAAGCAGCAGCAGCAGCAGCAGCGGCAGUGACGACUGGGUCAGUGGAGCACGCGGUGUCUGUACAGCUCGCGCUGGGGCUGCUGACUUCGCCUUCUCUCUUUUCUCGUCAUGCAACUCCCCUUGCCUUGCCGCCUGCUGCAGAGACCACUGGGACCAGUACUUCUCCAGAGACCCCACAGCAGGAGCAGCCGCAGCAGCAGGCGCAGCAGCAGCAGCAGCAGCAGCAACUGCCGCUGCUGCAAGAGGAGCAGCAGCAAGAGUGGCACGCAGCAGCACGCACUGCUACAGAGGGGCCUUGGUAUUCUUGGGCGGUUGUUCGUAGCAGCGUCAUGGAGUUUGCUGCUGCAGCAGACUGCAGGCUGCUUGUGGGGUCUCAGCAGCAGCAACAGCAGCAGCAGCAGCAGCAGCUCCUGCUGCACCUGCCGCCUGUGCAGGGAGUGCAAGGCGCAGCAGGGCCAGCUAGGCGAAACAGCUGCAGCAGCAAACGUAACGGUGACAGCCUGAAGCUCGGCUUUUCGUGCUUGCGACUGCAGCAGCACGCUGCAGCAGCAGCUGCCGCUGCAUCUGCUGCUGCUGCUGCUUGCAGCAGCAGCAGCCCCCGAGGAUCAGCAGGUUCUCCGCAGCACGUGAAGUCAACGAACCCAUUUGAGCCCGACAGCACCGCAUGCAGCAGCACGAGCAGCACACCUGCAGCAGCAACAGCAGCAGCAGCAGCCGCAACAGCAGCAGCAGCUGCUGCUGCUGCUGCACCAACAGCAGCCAUGCUGGACGAGAUGAGACAGCGAAUUGACUUGCGCCGCUUCUUACCCCUGCAGCAAACAGCUUCAGCAGCUCUCUCCCCGUUGGGAGCAGCAGCAGCAGCAAGCGCAGCAUUAACGGACGCUGCAGCUGCUGGAGAAUCAGAAGAGGGCUCAGCAGCAGCAGCAGCUGCUGCAGCGGCUGCUGCUAGUGCUGCUGAUGCCGCUGCAUGCUUGAAAGAUGAACUGCCCUUUUGCUGCUCCUUCCGCCUCACGAGCCUCCAGCUAAUGACCUGCGGGCGUUUGCUGCAGCUGCUGCCGACUGCGCAUGCAGCCCCAAAUGAAGAUGUCCUGCCUUGCCUUCUGGAGGAGAUUUGCCGGGUGCUGCUGAACUUGCGGCGGCUUUUCGGGGACUCGCUGAGUCUUGCGCUGGGCAGCUCGGCGCUGCUGCUGCUGCUGCAGUUUUUCCGUAUAGCCAUCAUCAAAGCAAUGCAUGCAGACCUGCAGCAGCAGCAGCAGCAGCAGCAGCAACGGGGCACCAGCAACAGCAGCAGAAGCAGCAGAACAGCCCUAGAUGCUGUCCUAAACUGCGUGCCUCUGGUGCUGCAGCACUUUGUUGCUGCUGCUGCUACCCGCCAAGACCCGCGGCUGAAGUCAGUUGGUUUUUGGGCUCUGGCAGCACAAGCUGCAUGCACUCUGUGUGAAGAUGCUGCAGCAGCAGCAGCAGCAGCAGCAGCUAAACUACUUGUCUCGCCUGACACUCUGGAGGUGUUGUGGUGCUCAGUCAGCUCUGCGCUGCUGCAGCUAGCUACGGAUGACCACGGCUCGCUGCAGCAGCAGCAGAAGCAGCAGCAGCAGCUGCAGCAGCAGCUGCUACAGCUCCACAAACGCCAGCAGCAGCUACAGCAACUUCUGCACAAACAUCAGCAGCUAAAUGCUGUUCAAACGCAUCUGCCGCAACCAUUUAGCACCCCUUCCUUUCUUCCCAGUGCUGCAGCAAGCGAGCUGUAUCUGCAGCAGCAGCAGCAGCAGCAGCAGCAGCUCUUCCCGCAGCAGCCGCCUCCGCCCCCGUACGCUUGCAGCCCCAGCAAUCAGCAAACGCUGCAGCAGCUGCUGCAAGAGCUGCAGCAGGUGCAGCAGCAAGUGCAGCACGUGCAGCAGGAGCUGCAGCAGCAGCAUCAGCAGCAACUCUGUGACAGUCCAGAGGUUGUCUUGCUGCGGCGAUGGGUGCUGCGGAUUGCUGCCACGGUGCUGCAGCAGCAGCAGCAGCACCCGUGGUCUACCGCCACUCUGGCCGACCUCGCUUCGGUGCUGCAGCUAGCCUGCACUGACAUGCGGGCUCCGUCAACUUUUGCCCAAGAGGCAUUUUCUUUGUUCUUCCGGGUAUGUGAAGCGCGCAGCCCGGAGGAGGCUCAUGCAGAGGGAAGUGACGCAGCAGCAGCAGCAACUGCAGCAGCUGCUGCAGCAAGGCAAGAGUUCCUGCUGCCCCUGCUGCUGCAGGAGUGUGACAGAGUCGUCAGAGCGUACGCAGACGCAGCUCGUGAUGGCCCCGAGGUUCGUUUGCAGCAGCAGCAACAACAGCAGCAGCAGCAGCAGCAGCACCCUCAGCAACAGCAGCGGCAACAGCUGCAGCUCCGAGGCCGGUAG